AUGUCGAGGCGGUUUUCUCCACAUAACUUUCUCGUGCACAAAAUGAACGAGGUAUCGUUUGGUGGACUACAAGACUAUUUUAAGACGAAUAGGAGAGCGGUUGGAGCCUAUACGUGUGGUGAAUUUCAUGAGCUUUGUAGCGAAAGGCCUAUGGAAUAUAUUUUUCGUGGUGUUUCUUUCCUCCUUGAUGAUACAACUGCGCUCUUGCCGAAAGCACUGGCGAAUACUGUUCUCGAUGCCUCAGAUUUGGACACUGGCAAGAGGUUUUUGAUGGAUUUACUGGGAGAAUUGCAAUCGAUUCGACAGGUUUUAUCUGCCGCAUGUGUCCACUCAGCCUUCCCAGAUGACGCAGCUAUGAUCACCGAUGUAUUCUCGAUUGUAUUACCAAAGCUUUUUGAAUCGACAAACUGUCCUGAUGUGUUGCGAUGUUCCGCUUUGAGCAACUCCCCUGUCUAUAUCGUUGGUGAGAGUGAAACGGACUCACUUUUUCACAUCGGAUGCAUCCUGCGGCGCAUCAUAUCCGCUUUAACUUUGAAUGCAUCACUUGGUUUAGUGGUUUUAUGUCACUCAAAAACAGUUGCAAUUGCGCUGCAAAUAUUCACUAUUUUAGUGGACAAGUGUUCACCACCAUCAAACCUGUUUUCAUUCAUUCCAGCAAUCGUUCAACAGAGUGAAGAAAUAACUAUGUCCUUCGGCCAGACUUUAUCAGUAAUUUUUCACUCCUCCGACAUGGAAGCAGCUGCGAACAGCUCUUUGAGUCUUAUUUGUUCCGGAUCAUCCAAGUGGCGGUCCUCUAUAAUACUACUUGAAGAAGCUGCUGAAGUGAAAUUCCACAAAAAACUGGAGCACUUACUCAUUAAUAAAUUCCAGGUCCAAACCAACUCAACAGUACCCGAGAAAUUCAUACAGUCCCUUCAGAGGGAUUUUGGUGCGAAGCUAUUAAACAAAUGCAACGCGUCUACUGCACCAUGGAUAGUUUGUGAUUUGAGUCCAUCUGCUCUAUCCGGUGACGCUCUUUGGCACGCUAGAGACGUAGGCUUUAUUAUCAGAUUCCGAACCGCGAGAGAAGCUCAUUUGAUCGCCUCACAUUUUAUAAACCGGUUUCAAUUUGAGCAAAGGAGGAUUCUUGACACCGGUUCAAAUUCUGAUUUAGCCGUUAAUUUGUGGCUGAACUCAACCGCUCUUCCAUGGCAGCUGGGCUUGGCAUUGUUAGAGUCCGGUGCACAGUCCAUUUUUGUCAACACCCCACCUACUCAGCUUUUGUCAUCCAUGUAUACAGGUGGUCUAGAAUUCUAUGGUGAUAUGUCACCGACAGUCAUACGCGGAGAUGCCGAACAUGAUGACCAUAUUGAACUACAGAGGGAAUUCACCAAGGUUUUGUAUGCUGCUUUUAAAGCCCAGAAAGCGUGGAUUUCUCAAGGGUUAUGUGGAGUCAAGCGUAGUAUUUUCAACAAUAUGGGACAAUUCGCCUGUCUUUCGGAGGUCGUUGCCAGCGCUUGGAAUUUGUUUCUGCGUUUCUCAAACGACUUCAUAGGUGGACAGCGAAGUUUUGACUUCAAAAGUGAAGCUGAUUCGGUUGUCGACUCCUUGCUUUUAUCACGUCAGUGGCUAAUGCCCCUAGGACCUGUCAUAUUUAUAUUGACCGAAGAUUUUGCUACAAGCGCAUCCAUCUCCAAAUCAUUCCUUCAAACAAUCUUUCAAGCACUCUUUUCCGGUAACGCCGUAUUUGUCAUCGCGUUAGCGGCUCCCAUAGAAUCUAUUCUCUCUUGCCACCCAUCUUUGUCAACAAUAAGUGCCCUUUUUCCUUCUGAUUUGAUAACAGUUAAGUCCUACCAGGAUUUGUCUUACGAUGAAUUGAAAGAUAUAUUCAGGUCCAUACGGCAUCCAGGAGUUUUUAUUGAUCCAAAAACAAUUUGGAACAGUUCGACAGAGACUAAUGAUAAACAAUGCUUAUCUUUCUCUUCAAGAAGAACGAUAUUUUUGUCGAUUGAUAACAAGCUAUUUUGUAACUAG